AGCGCAGCCCGGCCACCGGCCGCACCCCCGGGAGAGGGGGAAGGGCCGCUUCCUCCGCGCUCCCGGGCCCCUGCGAGGCAGGCGGUGAGUCACCGGCAGGUCAGGACCGCGCGGGGCGGGGCGGGGCACUGGGGAGCCGAGGCCAGGCGCUGAUUUACCGCUAGGAGCCCCCAUAGGAGCGGGAGAGGCGCCUCCAGGUGCCCUGGGGAGCAGCAGGGCUGCGCUCGCCCGCCCGUUCGCCCCCCAGCAGCGACGUUGCCUCCAGGUGGCGGGAGCGCAGCGCGGGAGUCGGGGACCCAGAUACGGAGCAGCUGCCUCGGCUUCCCCGCCCGCUCAAGGAAUCGCUGCUUUAGCAGCUGGAAACUUCCUGGGUUUGAGAUGUAAUAAUAAAACCCUUUACCUCCUGUGUGUGAGGAGUGUCACAGAGUCUAAUUUUGAUAGAAUCAUGUUAAAUCUAUAACAAUGAAGACUGUUGCUGCGUUUACUUCUGGGAUUAUUGUAUUCCUGUUUUCUUUGGUGCAAAGGACCAGUGGACAAUGUAAAGAAGCAGCUAUAAAGUCAGAGAUGAAUGUGAGCAUCAAUUAUCAUCUUCCUCAUUUUAUCACAGAAACGCCAAUACAGAAUAUAGUUUUAUAUAAGCAUCAUAUCUAUAUCGGAGCAGUCAACAAGAUCUAUGUCUUAAAUGAAAAUCUCCAGAACAUUUCUGUGUACAAGACUGGACCCGUGCUGGAGAAUCCUGAUUGUGCACCAUGUGAAGAUUGCAAAGAGAGAGCCAAUUUAUCCAAUAGUGUUUGGAAAGAUAAUGUCAACAUGGCUCUGCUCCUAGAAACAUACUAUGAUGAUCAGCUCAUCAGCUGUGGUAGUGUAACUCGAGGUGUAUGUCAACGUCACAUCAUUCACCCCGACAACCCUGCAGACAUAGAAAGUGAAGUGCACUGCAUGUACUCAAAGCAGAGGGAUGGUGAGUCAGACAGCUGCCCUGACUGUGUUGUAAGCACUUUAGGAACCAAAGUUUUGGUGACCGAAAAGGACAGAUUUGUAAACUUUUUUGUUGGGAAUACUGUCAAGUCUUCAUUUCAACCACAACAUGCACUACAUUCAGUGUCGGUUAGAAGGUUAAAAGAAACCCUGGAUGGUUUUGAAUUUCUCACAGAUCAUUCUUAUAUGGACAUUCUCCCACAGUUCAGGGACUCUUAUCCCAUUAAGUACGUCCAUGCCUUUGAAAAUGACCACUUUGUCUACUUCCUAACAGUCCAGCGUGAAUCUCUUGACUCCCAGGCUUUUCACACAAGAAUCAUCCGUUUCUGCUCUUUUGAUUCCGAGUUGCGCUCUUACAUGGAGAUGCCUCUUGAGUGCAUUUUCACUGAAAAGCGGAGAAAGAGGUCAAUUCGAAAUGAGAUAUUUAAUGUUCUGCAGGCUGCGUAUGUCAGUAAGCCAGGUGCAGUUCUGGCCCAUGAAAUGGGGCUUAGCGUGAACGAUGACAUUCUGUAUGGUGUGUUUGCACAAAGCAAGCCAGACUCUUCAGAACCAACAAACAGAUCUGCUGUCUGUGCAGUCUCUGUCCGAACAAUCAAUGAAUUCUUCAACAAGAUUGUAGACAAGCAAAACAUGAAAUGUCUUCAGCACUUUUAUGGGAAAGAUAGCAAAUACUGUUUGAAAAGGACAUUUUCAAGAAAUGCCUCGUACUGUGAAGCACAAGAUGAUGAAUAUCGUCUAGAGGUUACGACUCCUUUGCAACGGGUUGACUUGUUUAUGGGGCAAUUCAACAGUGUCCUGCUAACUUCAAUAUCCGUCUUCACCAAAGGGAAUCUUACUGUUGCUAAUCUGGGAACGUCUGAGGGCCGCUUCAUGCAGAUAGUGAUUUCCCGUUCAGAAGCUACUCCACCACAUGUGAAUUUUCCCCUGGACUCCCACCCAGUCUCCCCACAAGUUAUUAUUGGCCAUUCAUUAGUAGCAGAUGGCUAUACUCUGGUUGUCACCGGAAUGAAGAUAACCAAGAUUCCCUUGAAUGGACCAGGCUGUGAUCACUUCAAGUCCUGCAGUCAGUGUCUUUCAGCACCUCCUUUCAUGCAGUGUGGCUGGUGUAGUGAUCGGUGUGUGAGGUCCUGGGAGUGUGAUAAAAGGAUGUGGACCCAGGAGACAUGUUUGCCAAGAGUUUAUGAGAUUGUCCCAAGGAGCGCUCCAUUAGAAGGCGGAACAAGACUUACAGUGUGUGGCUGGGACUUUGGAUUCAGCAAAAAUAAUAGAUUUGACUUAAAAAAUACAGCAGUCCUUAUAGGAGGAAAGCCUUGUACUCUGGAAGUAAAAGUUAGCAACAAAAACAAGCUAGAAUGCACUGUUGCUGCUGCAAAGAACCCCAGUUUUAAUAUAACAAGCAGUGUUUCAAGUGGACAUGGCAUAUCUUCCUUCAACACAUUUUCCUAUGUGAAUCCUGUAAUAACAAGUAUCUCUCCCACCUAUGGUCCCAAGUUUGGUGGAACAUUAUUAACAUUAUCAGGGAAAUACUUAAAGAGCGGAAAAUCCAGAGAGAUUUACAUUGGUGGAAAACCAUGCACCUUAAAAAGUGAAUCUGAUAGCACUGUCGUGUGUUAUACACCUGCACAAGGAACUUCAUCGGAAUAUCCUGUUAAAAUGGAGAUUGAUUUAGCUAUUCGAGAAGCUAAGGGUCAUUUUACGUACAAGGAAGACCCUAUUGUUUUUAAAAUUAAUCCAGCUAAAUCUUUUCUUAGCGGUGGGAGCACAAUCACAGUUUAUGGAAUCCACUUGAAUUCAGUGUAUCUUCCUCAGAUGGUGAUCACUGUACCUAAGCUAGGAAAGAACUUCACUGUGUGUCCUCGUUUGAAAAUCUGGUCAACGUAUCAGAGGAAGCACCACCUAUUUUGGCAGCAACUGCUACUGCAAAAUACCAAGUAUUUUGUUAAGACAUGUAACCAUCGUUCUAACACAGAGAUAAUCUGUUGCACAACUCCUUCACUGAAAUCAUUCAGUCUGCAACUACCCUUUGCAACAAAAGUGUUUUUCAUUUUUGAUGGAGUCAGCAAACAAUACUUCGAUUUUGAUUAUGUGAAUAAUCCUGUAUUUAAACCUUUUGAAAAGCCAGUGGUGAUCUCAAGGGGCAAUCAAAAUAUAUUGGAAAUUAAGGGAAAUUACAUUGAUUCAGAAGCUAUUAAAGGCGAAGUGCUAAAAGUUGGAAAUAGAAGUUGUGAGAGCAUCCGCCUACAGUCUGGAUCAGUUUUCUGUAUGGUUCCCAGAGAUCUGCUGAAAUCCCACAGUGAGCUAAAUAUAGAGUGGAAGCAAGAAGUUUUGUCAACGCUUAUUGGGAAAGUGCUGGUUCUGCAAGAUCAGAAUUUCACAGGACUGAUUGCUGGAGUUGUCUCAACAUCAGUGUUGUUUUUAUUGUUGUUGGGGGGUUUUCUAUGGAUGAAGAAGAAAAAACAAAUUAAAGAUCUGGGUAGUGAUUUAGUUCGUUAUGAUGGAAGAGUGCACACUCCUCAUUUGGAUAGGCUUGUGAGCGCAAGGAGCGUAAGUCCAACUACAGAAAUGGUUUCUAGUGACUCUGUAGACUACAGAUCAACGUUUCAGGAAGAUCAGCUCCCAAAUUUGUCGCAGAAUGGCUCAUGCAGACCAGCACAGUAUCCUCACACAGACCUAGCAUCCUUUCUGUCCAGUGGGGACUCAGAUUUAGCCAGUCCACUGCUGCAAACUAAUGUCCACAUUGACAUCGGUGCCUUAAAUCCAGACCUGGUCAAAGAAGUUCAGCAUGUAGUCAUUGGUGCUGACAGCCUGAUUGUGCAUUUUAGUGAGAUAAUAGGAAGAGGGCAUUUUGGGUGUGUGUACCAUGGGACAUUGUUGGAUAAUGAUGGCAGGAAAAUUCAUUGUGCUGUGAAGUCCUUGAACAGAAUUACAGACCUGGAAGAAGUAGCUCAGUUUCUCAAAGAAGGGAUCAUCAUGAAAGAUUUCACUCAUCUCAAUGUCCUGUCACUACUGGGAAUUUGCUUGCCCAGUGAGGGGUCUCCUUUGGUGGUGCUUCCAUAUAUGAAACAUGGAGAUCUUCGAAACUUCAUUAGGAAUGAGACUCAUAACCCAACAGUUAAAGAUUUGAUUGGAUUUGGCCUUCAAGUAGCAAAAGGUAUGAAAUACCUUGCAAGCAAAAAGUUUGUCCAUAGAGAUUUGGCUGCAAGAAAUUGUAUGCUGGAUGAAAAAUUCACUGUCAAGGUUGCUGAUUUUGGUCUUGCUAGAGAUGUCUAUGAUAAAGAAUACUACAGUGUGCACAAUAAAACGGGCGCUAAACUGCCAGUGAAAUGGAUGGCCUUAGAAAGUUUGCAAACUCAGAAGUUCACUACAAAAUCAGAUGUGUGGUCCUUUGGUGUGUUGUUGUGGGAACUUAUGACGAGAGGAGCACCGCCCUACCCUGACGUGAAUUCUUUUGAUAUCACUGUUUACUUAUUACAAGGAAGAAGGCUAUUGCAACCGGAAUACUGCCCUGAUCCACUGUAUGAAGUCAUGCUAAAGUGUUGGCAUCCAAAACCUGAAAUGCGCCCAGCAUUUUCUGAACUGGUUUCAAAUAUAUCAACAAUCUUCUCCACUUUUAUUGGAGAGCAUUAUGUUCAUGUCAAUGCUACAUAUGUCAAUGUGAAAUGCGUUGCUCCCUAUCCUUCUCUUUUGUCAUCACAAGAUAACAUAGACAGGGAUGUGGAUACAUGACCAGGUUUGUCUACCAUACAGUGUCAGAGAGAAUCCAUUAGUAGUACUAUGAACAAAAGUGUGUUUUGUCCACUACUUUUUCACUGCCCAGUUUUUGUGAAAACACUGUUGCACAUGUUUGAUGUUGUCCAAACUGCACUGUUGAUGAGAUGAUAUGUUGUUUAUAGCUAUGGGAUGCUACACACUACUGUGGUAAAUCCCAAAUAUUUGGGGCAGCUGUAUCUAUUUACCAGACUACAUCUACCACCAUCUAGUGCUAGUACCCACCAGCUCUCAUUCAUUUGUGAAAUGAAUGUGCUCACCAUUUGCAGCCUGGGUUCUGUUGUAGUUUAGAGCAUGUACAACAGAAUGAGAGGUGAGCAGCAGGGAUGUACAGAGACUCACGAUUAAUGCAAAAAAGGGAAAAGCUAGAGUACCAAUCGCUCAAGCUUGAUAUACCAUUCCUGUUGCAUGUACUAUUGUGCAGUGGGCAGUGCAGUAACGGUUUUCACACAAAGACCAGGCCAGAUCAUGAGAAUUCCAAGACUGUACAAUGUCUCCUGUUGUAUAAAGUGGACUCUACCUUUGUUCUUUGUUUGCCCAUUAUAUCAAUAAGGUUCCUUAGAGCCAGUCUCAUGGCAAGUUUCUAAAAUGAUAUUCAACAUUCCAAAAUGCCAUGAAAUAAAAUGAGUGUGUCAGCUUUUGAGGAGCAGUAUAUUUAUAAAAUGUAAGGGAACACACCCAGGAAAAAAGCUAUCUCAAUGUUAAUGUCUCUAUCAUUCCAAAAUUCAGUCGCUCCUUUGAGAAACUGUAUGUACAGAUUUCUUACUGAAAAUUGUGAGGCUUCUUUUCUGUCAAUAAAGUGUUUUAACUGUUCCAUGAGAGUAAAAAUUUAAAGAGUCCAUAUUAACCUAGGAUGCAGCAGUUUUGGAAGCACCAUUUGGAGAGACAGUCAAGUAAACAGUGGAGCAGUAACAGUGCGAGGAGCCAAGCGACCCUGAGGAGCUGCUGGCUAGUAUGACCACAUGUUUAGUAGCUGCAACUAUGCCAGCCAACCAUGCAAAGGAGCUGCCGCAUAGUGUGUGUAAGGGGUUGAGAAGAGAUGCUGAGCCAGCUGAGGAAAGCCAACUCUGAACCAAAAAGGGUGCAGUGUGGUGGGAUUGCUGCCAACCUUUGCAUGCCAGUAUUGAAGGAUUAAGAAAACUGGACAAAAGAAGAAACAUUUUUUUAGCGCCCAUAGUUGCUCCUUGAGUUAAUCCAGCCCAGUGAGUUAUGAUACAUAGUAUAUUCCUAAAUCAUGACCAGAAGUGAUUUUCAAAAGAGAUACUAAUUAAAGGUUUUGUUAUUUAGGGAAGAGUACUGUAGCUUUAGGGUAAGCAUCAUGUGUCAUUUCUGUUCCUGUGGAAUUCUGUGCGUAUUACUGUAUAGCUUGAUUGGUGUAGGAUAUGACUGGUUGUUAGUGUAAACACUUAAAGUAUUCUAUUUUUAUAAAAAAUGUUUAUUUUUAAUGGCAUAUACCAGGUUUGGUCAGACCACAAAAUACUGCACUGUGAACGUUUCGGAAAAUGUAUGUCAACGUUUGAGUCAUACAUUGUAACGAGGUUAAAAAUGACUGUGUAAAUAUUAAGGAGGAAAAGAACUGAUUGAUACUCCACCCUAACUAUAAUAUAACCAUUGCUGGAAGUCAAACAUGUUAACAUGUGCAAGGUGAGGUAGUGAUUAGAAUGGAGCUGAUUAUGAGGGAGAUUUAUUGUUCUUCAGAAAGAGUGUUACAACUGAAAGGUUUCUAAUGAGGGUGGAGUGUGUGGGCAAACUACGAGCUGAUAAUACUGUAUUGUAUUACACCACCACUUUCAUUUCAGAUGCAAACAUAACUAUAAAUUGCUAAAGGACAAAAGAUUCUACUGCAGGAAAAAAAUCAUCUCUACAGUCAUUACAAUGGCUAAGAAAGUUUAUGACACAAGGAUUUGGGGAAGAUACUCCAAAGCCGUACAUCCAUGCUCAAGGAAGGCUGCAAUGUGAAAAAAAAAACCAUUUUUACUAUUUAUGAAUUUUGCCUAAUAUAGUUAAUGUUGUGUCUGGGACACCUGUAGGAGUAUGUGAUUCUGGUAAGGAUUUGAUGUUUGUCAAUUCAUGCAUUUGCAAAUGAGCUGAAUGGUACUUAUGGCGAUAGUUGUUGGUGUGACCUAAUAAAAGUUAU